AUGUCCAAGGCCUCACUUCCUUCUUCUAAGGAAGAAGCUGGGAGUCAAACAGAGUGCCGUGAUAUCAAUAAGCGCUGUGACAUUCUCGUCGACUUGGGGGUAGGGAGAGAGCAUGAGUUUGCUCCUCGAGAAGUCAUCCCGCCCAUCUUCACACCGAAUCAUUCGUGGGUUGCAGAGGGCACAAACAUUGCAAACUCGGAGGCUGGCUGUCGUGCAAUGUUCCCUUUGAGCGUCACACCAAGAACAACCGGCAUCAUGGAUCAGAGAGCGUGA